AUGGAGAAUGGUAAUAUUGGUGAUGGAAAUGUGCUAGCUGCUAAUAAAUACGACGCAGCAUCAACUUAUGUAAAGGAUGGGAAACGUGUGUGUGAAUUAUUCCGAUUAUCGCCAAUCAAAAUUUUCUUAUUCGGUUUCAUACCGCCAAUGUUUGGUGCAAUUAUGGCGAUUAGUAUAGCACUAAUUUUUCAUAACGAUCAAAUCAGCAACUAUAAUUGGCAAUGCGGGAGCGNAAUUCGGUUAAUUGAACUGUCUACGGGAUUUAAACGCUAUCGUCGCUUAAUGAACGUCAACUACGAACACAAAUGGUUCUAUGAACUGGCCAGAUAUUGUUACCUUUACGGUCGCCUUUCGUACUAUCUGAAAUUGUUGACAUGUGGUGCUUAUUUGAUCAGUGCUCCGAUUCUGAUCGGCGCAUUCUUGCUUUAUUGGAGAGCAUGUGUCACUGUGGCUUAUGAAGUAUUCGCAAUUUGCGAGUAUACGGGUGUAUUUCUGAAUAUGGCCUUCCAUGGAUGUGCGUUCUUUGACAUUCGUUAUAAAGUGAUAUUCUGUGUGAGAAUGAUCGAACCGAUUGAGGACAAGUCGAACAGCAACGACAAGAAACAUCAGAUACGAACUAUCAGUGCAAAUGUGAAGCAAUCCACUGUUCAGAGUGAUCAAUGA